AUGGAUGUCGCGGACAUUUACGUGACCCAGAGGCAGCACCGAGACGAAAUCGGGAUAAGAUGCCAGAAGUUGUUUCACGAUUUUUUGGAAGAGUACAAAGAGGACGGCGAAGUGAAAUACCUCGAAGCGGCCCUGGAGCUGCAAAACGAAGAGCGCAGCACCAUCGAAGUCAGCUUCGAGGACGUGGAGAAAUACAACCAGAACCUCGCCACGACCAUCAUCGAGGAGUACCUCAGGAUCUACCCGUUCCUGUGCCUGGCCCUGUCGAACUUCGUCAAAGACAGGUCCGGCCUGAAGAAGGAAAAGGACUGCUACAUCAGCUUCACGGACGUCCCGACCAGGCACAAAGUCAGAGAGCUCAAAACCGACAAGAUCGGCACCCUCGUUCGGAUCUCCGGCCAAGUCAUUCGCACCCACCCCGUACAUCCCGAAUUAAUCUCCGGCACUUUCACCUGCGCCGACUGCCAGACCGUUAUCAAAAAUAUCGAGCAACAAUUCAAGUUCACUAAUCCUACUAUAUGCAGAAACCCGGUGUGUAAUAACCGUCGGAAAUUCACAUUAGACAUCGACAAGUCCCAAUUCGUGGAUUUCCAGAAAGUUCGAAUACAAGAAACCCAAACGGAGCUCCCCCGAGGAUGUGUCCCGCGAAGCGUCGAAAUCAUCCUCCGAGCAGAAAACGUCGAAACAGUUCAAGCUGGAGACUGCUACGAUUUCACGGGCACCCUCAUAGUAGUCCCGGACGUGGGGGCUCUCGCUCUGCCCGGCGGCAAAACCCAAAUAGGCUCGAAAAACACCCGACCGGAGGAGUCCGAAGGCGUCCGAGGCCUCAAAGCCUUAGGAGUGAGAGACCUCCAUUACCGGAUGGCCUUUUUAGCGUGCAGCGUCCAGCCAACAAUACCGAAAUUCGGCGCCAUCGACAUGCCAACGGGCGAAAUCACGCCCGACAUAAUGAAGCAACACAUGACCGAAGGUGAAUGGACCCACAUGUACGAAAUGUCCCACGACAAGAAUUUAUACGUCAACUUGAUCAACAGCCUGUUCCCGAGCAUACACGGAAACGAGGAGGUCAAAAAGGGCAUUUUGCUCAUGUUGUUCGGAGGAGUCUCGAAAACUACAGUCGAAGGCACAUCCCUACGAGGCGACAUCAACUGCUGCAUAGUCGGAGACCCCAGCACGGCGAAGAGCCAAUUCCUCAAGCAAGUGUUCGAGUUCUCGCCGAGGGCCGUGUACACGUCGGGCAAGGCCUCUUCCGCCGCCGGUCUAACGGCCGCCGUCGUCAGAGACGAGGAGUCCCACGAGUUCGUCAUCGAAGCCGGUGCGCUGAUGUUGGCCGACAACGGGGUCUGUUGCAUCGACGAAUUCGACAAAAUGGAGGUGAGAGACCAAGUGGCCAUACACGAGGCGAUGGAACAGCAAACGAUUUCGAUCGCCAAAGCCGGCGUAAGGGCCACUUUGAACGCCCGAACGUCCAUACUGGCGGCCGCUAACCCGAUCGGUGGGAGGUACGACAGGGCCAGAUCGUUGCAACAGAACAUCAACCUCUCGGCCCCCAUCAUGUCUCGAUUCGACCUGUUCUUCAUACUAGUAGACGAAUGCAACGAAGUAAUCGAUUACGCCAUAGCCAGGAAGAUACUCGAUUUGAACUGCAAUUUGGAGGAGACCGUCGAGCGAGUGUACUCGAAGCAAGAGGUGCUCCAGUACAUCAGCUUCGCGAAGAAAUUCAAACCGGCGUUGAACAAAGAAUCGGGUGACCUGCUCGUGCACUACUACAGUAAAUUGAGGCUGCGAGACAGCACCAGCACGGGGAAAUCCACUUGGAGGAUAACGGUCAGGCAACUGGAGAGCAUGAUUCGGUUGUCCGAAGCUUUGGCUCGGAUGGAGAUAUCGGACGAGGUGCAACCGAAGCACGUGCGGGAGGCCUACAGGUUGCUGAAUAAGUCUAUCAUUAGAGUCGAACAGCCCGAUAUACAGCUGGGGGACGAGCAGGAGGAGGUGCACGAGGAAGCCGAGACGAUGGAGGUGGAUGCUCCGGAUCCCUCGCAGGCUUCGGCUAAGAAGAAGAUGGUGCUGAGUUUCGAGGAGUACAGGACGCUCAGUAAUAUGAUUGUGGUGCAUAUGAGGAGAGAGGAGAAUCGAACGGAAGAAGAGGGUAAGGAAGGGAUGCAUCGAAGCGAUUUGGUCGGGUGGUAUUUGAACCAAAUAGCCGAUGAAAUAGACAGCGAGGCGGAGUUGAUCGAAAAGAAGGAUUUGUUCGAGAAAGUACUCCAUCGUUUGAUCUACAAUGAUAAAAUAAUUAUAUCCCUAACGAGCGCGGGUUUAAAAGAAAAGGGGAAAUCACAGGCGAGUGAAGACGACAAUCCGUUGUUGGUUGUUCAUCCAAAUUACAUCAUCGACCAAUAA